UUCUCCUGAAAAUACUUUCCCUUCAAGAGGCUUAAUAAACUUGUUGACUUUCGUUUGUAUUUAUAUUUACAAAAGGUUUCAUUCAGAGUUAUAUAACCCUAUAUAGGACCACCCGGAUGUUUCCGUCGACGAUCAUCUGCUUGCUACUGCUCUUCAUCGGCGCUGUCGCAGCCAACUGUCCAGAAGCCUAUGAGGUCGUCGGGUCCAAGUGCAUCCACCGUUACACGGGUGGACAUCUGACGUACGACGAAGCGGCCACUUACUGCACCCAGCACUUCGGCAGGCUGCCUGUGCUUAAAGACUGUGCUUCCUUCACUGAUGUCGCCACCUAUGUUAACGAUGGAUACGCAAUUGAUUUGAACAACGGCUACUGGUUAGGCGCGACCAAUGGAACGCUCACCAAUGUUUGGCAGUGGAGUGACGGAGCGGCCGUGCAAAUGAACGCUCCGUACUGGGCGAUGGAUUCUGGAUAUGAUUGGACAACAGAACCUUCGGGCGGAACGCGUCAGAACUGUGCUUAUAUAAGGGGUGACAUGGGCUGGUUAUUUCGAGAUGCCGGGUGUACAGGCAUUGAAUAUCCACUGUGCUCAAGACCGUCAGUAGAUGGUCUCUGCCAGCAUCCUUUUGUUUUGGUUGGCACUCAAUGUAUUCACAUAAUUUCAACCGGAUACUACUGGCACGAGGCUCGUACUCAGUGUGAACUGGUCGGUGGGAAUCUGAUUGUUGUAGACGACUGCGAUCAGUACCACAAGGUUGUCCUCUACCUCGCUGAACAAGGAUACAGUAGCUGUUGGCUCGGAGGCUCAGAUGAGGCCGAGGAAGGGCAAUGGCGCUGGAUUGAUGGUUCGCUGAUGACCAUGGGACUGCCUUACUGGUCAACUGCUGCAAGUGCGGAGCAAGAACCCAACAAUCCUGGACAGCAGAACUGCCUAGAGCUAAAUUGCGCGCAUAUGUAUCGCUUCAGCAGCGCGUGGUGCACUGAUUUGCGCCGGGUGGUCUGUGAGGCAGACCCCAUCUAGAGGAGUGCUGUUCAUGCCUUAU